AUCUGCCAGACUUCGACGCGUCUCUUGAUUUUAGAAAUACUUGCAUUUUUAACUUUAAACUCAAGGAUAAAGCUCUUCAAAACUUUCACCUUGAAGUACUGGUUAAUGGGCAAGCUUUACCAGAAUACAAUCAACCGUGUGAUGAAUCAAAUUUUAAUAAAACCUGCGUAUCUUAUGUUACGGAUCCAAUAACACAAAAAGAAAACCGCAAAACUGAGGUCAAACAAGCUAGCACGUCCGAUAUUAUAAUUUCACGUUUAUAUAUAGAUGGACGAUUUCACGAAGUUCAUCAUCUUCACCAACAUGAUGUCUCAAGUACCAUAUCGUACUUCGUUAAUUUUGAAAGAGAUCAAGUAUAUUACUUUAAAUUUGCCAGCACAUCUCAACUUGAAAAAAAAGAUGAUGGUGUAUUCAAAGUCCCUUAUCCUGUUAAUAAAUAUCCAAAUAAGCAAAACCAAACGUCAUAUGGGAGACCCGGAACAAUUACUGCUUGUUUUUUCAAAGGGAUUAUUGUUGACGAAAGUGCUUUAAAUAAACAAGAAUUCGAAGUCAAACAAGUAAAGAUUACAAAUACAGUUGAUAAUGGGGAGAUUGAUUAUACCACUGGAUAUGAUGUCGUGGAUUCAACAAUUCCACCGUCUACCGUAACAAAAAUUAUUGAUAUGAAACCCAUAGCUGUUUUACAUCUUAACUAUCGUUCUGUAGAUUGGCUGGCAAAAUAG